UACAUCCUAGUCAAUGCUGCUGGGCUGGCGUUUUGGGUUCAGCUCUUCAUCUCAGUCAGCAACAUUCACAGUUUCGUUACUCUUCGUGAGGGAUGUACCUUUUGAAUUGAAUCGCCUUCGAGGAUACCGGACUUUUACCUUGAGUUACCAGAGCAUUUGCCUACAUUUUUGCAGUGCGCUCAACCCUGAAUACCAAAGGAGAGGGAGAAGUCUAGCUCUGAAGAUGUUUGAUCUACAAUAGUUUCAUCACACCCUUCUCAACAGAAACCUAGUCUGUGUCAGGACCUGAUAACUGUAGAGAUCCAGAAAGCAGGCAUACCAGUUAGACUGGGGAGGAGCGAGCCAAGGCGUCAGUGACUACCUUGCUGUCACACACACCCACACUACACUUUGAAGAAGGGUUUGUAAGCUCUUGACUCUGGAUAGUUCUGUCAGGAAAUUCCUCGUUUUGCCAAAGUUCACCCUUUCUCCGGGCUGGUUUGUACAGCUGGAAAAGCUUCUGUUUCCACAUCCGUCUGGAGGAGCAUCACUGGCUGUAUGUUCCUGAUCAAGGCUAUCCCAUCCACCACCUCUAAAUGCUCUGUGAUCUGAAGCUUCUUGCUGGGGAGGGACAAAGGGACCUCGGGGAAAUUCAAAGCGUUACUAUGGCAUCUGAGGACAUAGGAGAUGCUGUGGGUCGUGCGACAGUGGUGGACUCUGCCUUAUCAGCCAGGACCAGCAAUAACCAUGUCUCUUCAGACUACGGCAUGUCUCAGAGUCAAAGCAACACACGUCCACGUUCUCACCAGCCAGAGGUUAGCCACCAGGGCAGAAGAGACUGCUGCUCACCGAUCCCUCUGUAUUGUAAGUUAUCUUAUGAUAGUGGGGAGGGGAGGUUUCUGGAUGCAGGAUGCAAAUGCUGGGAUUACUCUAACCCUAAACAUGCUAGUGCUGUAGCCCAGCGAAGUGCCACAUCUCUGGGGGAGAGGGGGACUGGAGUGUUGGGUUCCAGUUCCACCCAGCUGUGUCUGACAUGUGAUCCAGUGGAAAGUCUCUCAGCCUGCCAGGAGGCUGACUCUGUCUGUGGGAGCGCUGGGACUGAGACGGAGCCUCAGGAAAACCAGUCUGAGAGGAGAACAGAGGGGUUUUCUUCUCCUGCUGUGACUCCCCAGGCUGGUGCUCUGCCAAAGGUGAGCUACUCCGAGGGCUCUCCCUGCCAGCUGGAGCACAGCACGGCUAGCACACGACUGCCCUGCGGACGCAGCUUUAGGAGGAGCAGCCUGCCAGUGGCGUCUCAGUGCCACUUCUCCUGCUCUCCCACGGGGGAGGGAGGAACGGCAGGAACACCAGCCAGGACUAUCGAUGCCCGCUGUUGGCACUUCCUGAAAGAUGGCUACUCCAGCCUAGAGAGACUCAACAGGAGACCGAGAGCCAAGGUCUCCGUGGAGAGGUUCUUCAGGAGGGCCUCGCUGGAUACCAUACUCUCCUCCUCCAAGCAGUCCACCAGCCCCCAGAAGAGCGACGGUGGCCUGUCGGACAGCGAGUUCAUCCGUAACAGGAAAGAGCGCUCCACCGUGCUGGUGAGGAGGUACUACAAAAACAACCGCAAGGUGGAGAAGUCUGUGUGCACGGGCACCAACGCCAUCAUGAGGUCUAUUCUCUUGGGACACAUAGCAGAGAGGGCCUGGAAGGCUGUUUGCAAAAGGACCUGGCACCCCAGUGAGAGACCCAUCGUGUCAGUCAGAGGGCAUGGCGCAGGGCCUCUGACUGUCAGCCUGCAGGGCUACAGAGGCCUGCUCAGAUACCCGGGGGCCAGACUCUCAGAGAUCCACCAUGCGCUGAGUGUUGAGGACAACCUGCUGCAGCCCUGCAGGAAGCUCCUAGCCUUUGCUGGAUGUGUGUGUCUCAGGGUGGCAUGCCCGGCUCAGCCUAGGUACGGGUACCGUGCCAGCUCUCAGAGGACCUCGGUGUAUGCCCGUCUGACCGGGGCCCUGCUGGAGGCCACCGCCGCCCUCGGGGCCCGCAGCACUCUGACCAGUGUAACUGUGGGCUCCACUGGCCACGCCAUGCUCAAAGAGCGUCAGAUGUGCAGCAACAUGUCGGCGUCCAGCACCAUCCCGUCCAACGUGACGGGCAUCAGCAAGGAGCUGGUCGACCUGCGUCACCUGAUCCAGUUCCCCGAGGAGAUCGCCAGCAUCCUGACGGCGCAGGAGCAGCAGCUGUACCGACGCAUCUUCCCACUGGACUACCUCUGUUUCCUCACCCAGGACCUGGGCAGCCCCGACUGCAGCAAGCGCCUGCACCCCAGCCUCAAGGCAUCGCUGUCGGCCCCGGCCAUGCCCAUACAGACCCAGAGGAACACCGUGGAGGACCUGGUCACACGAUUCAAUGAGGUAAGCUCGUGGGUGACCUGGUUGAUCCUGACUGCGGGUUCAAUGGAGGAGAAGAGAGCAGUCUUCUCCUACCUGGUCCACGUGGCCAAGUGCUGCUGGAACAUGGGCAACUACAACGCUGUCAUGGAGUUCCUGGCUGGACUACGGUCUCGGAAAGUACUGAAAAUGUGGCAGUUCAUGGAGCAGUCGGACAUUGAGACCAUGCGCAGGCUGAAAGAUGCCAUGGCGCAGCACGAGUCUUCGUCCGAGUACAAGAAAGUGGUGAACCGUGCCCUUAACAUCCCAGGGUGCAAGGUGGUGCCCUUCUGUGGCGUCUUCCUCAAAGAGCUGAGUGACGCUCUGGACGGGGCCGCCAGCAUUAUCAGCCUGCGCCACUCACCGCACGACUCGCCAGAGGAAUCACUAGAGUUUGUGGGGGACUACGGCGGGCAGCAGCACUUCCUGCAGAGGGCGGGGCCAGAUGGGCUGCACAGCCAGGAGAAGGAAGCCACGGUCAGCAACAUCCUGCAGAUCAUCCGCUCCUGCAACCGCAGUCUGGAGACGGAGGAGGGAGAGGAGGGCCAGCACGAAGGAUCCUCCACCUCCUGCAAAAAUACUUUCAUGGACAGGAACAGGAACCAGUUUGUGGUGGGAGACCUGUCAGACUCUGAGGGUGAUCUGUCUGAGUUGUCUAAAGAGGUGGAGUUCCAGGGCACCGAGGAGACCCACCGGGCCUUCGGCCACGGCACAGAGCUCAUCCCCUGGUACGUGCUCUCCCUCCAGCCUGACGUCCACCAGUUCCUCCUGCAGGGCGCCACCGUCAUCCAUUACGACCAGGAGAGCCACCUCACCGCUCGCUGUCUCCUCCGCCUGCAGCCCGACAACUGCAUCCUGACCUGGGCUAAUCCCCAGAGCGGCAGCCCCCCCGCGGAGCCCCCAGGCCUGGGUCAACCUGUAGUGAACAGCCUGUCGGAGGGCCUGCUGGACCUCUCGGUGGUCAAGGCUGUGUUCCUGGGCCACCCCGGGGUGGACUUGCAUGCUGUGUGUGUGCAGAACAAGCUGUUAAACACCAUGAGGGCCGAGGAGAAUGGGGUCAGUCUGCUCUACGGGCUCCAUACUACAGACAACAGGCUGCUGCACUUUGUGGCCCCCAAGCACACAGCCCACAUGCUGCAUGAGGGACUGGUGGAGCUGGUCAACGCCAUGAGGAAGAUGAAGAAGUUCCCCGAUCAGAGACUGCACUGGCUCAGGAGGCAGUACGUCAGCCUCUAUCAGGAGGAGGGCAGGUACGAGGGUCCCACUCUUGCACAGGCUAUAGAGCUGUUUGGGGGGCGACGCUGGAACACGGGCACAGGGGGCACAGAGAAGCCCAGCGCGCAGAAGAACAACUCCAUCUCCACCACCAAGAAGAAGAAGAAGGCUCUGACCAGGGGAGACAGCGGGGACGCUACCGAUGACGAGAUAAUCCAACGGAAAACCAAGAGCUGCAAGGACACCCUGUGCAGGAACAGGCCGGAGCUGUGUGACAGCAUGGACCAGGAAGGGCUAGAGGACGGCUUCCCUGGACCCUUCUCCCUGUCGAGCUGUAAGACCCCAGGUUCCUCCUCCAGUAUGGGCAGCUCCAACCCCUCCCGCCCUCUCUCCUCCCCCGUCCUGUCAGGCAGCACCAAGGCCCAGCCAGGUGCAUGGAGCAGUAGGAGUUGGCACGGCCGGGGGAAGGGCUGCUUCAAGGGCUUCCAGAACCUCAUGAUCUCUGACAGCACCAUGAGCUUUAUCGAGUUCGUCGAGCUCUUCAAGUCUUUCAGCAUUCGGAGCCGUAAAGACCUGAAAGAGCUAUUUGACACCUACGCCGUUCCCUGCAGUCGCUCCGGCACGGAGUCUGUCCCCCUCUACACCAACCUGAGGAUCGACGACAAGGACUCGGGACUGCAGCCUGACCUAGACUUGCUGACCCGUAACGGUUCGGACCUGGGCCUCUUAAUCCGAACACGGCAGCAGAUGUCGGACAACCAGAAGCAGAUCUCGGACGCCAUUGCGGCGGCCAGCAUCGUGACCAACGGGACGGGCGUGGAGAACGCCUCUUUAGGGGUGUUGGGGCUGGCCAUCCCACAGCUCAACGACUUCCUGGUCAACUGCCAGCGGGAACACCUGACCUACGACGAGAUCCUCAGCGUCAUCCAGAAAUUUGAGCCUUGCAUAAGCAUGCGUCAGAUGGGUUGGAUGUCCUUCGAAGGUUUUGCCAGGUUUUUAAUGGACAAGGAGAACUUUGCGUCUAAGAACGAGGAGUCUCAGGUGAACCCGGAGGAGCUCCAGUAUCCCAUGUCUUACUACUACAUAGAGUCCUCUCACAACACAUACCUCACUGGACACCAGCUCAAAGGAGAGUCCUCUGUAGAGCUCUACAGCCAGGUGCUGCUGCAGGGCUGCAGGAGUGUGGAGCUGGACUGUUGGGAUGGAGACGACGGAUCACCCAUUAUCUACCACGGACACACCCUCACCACCAAGAUCCCCUUCAAGGAUGUGGUGGAGGCGGUCAAUCGCACUGCUUUUGUCAACUCAGACAUGCCGGUCAUCCUGUCCAUUGAGAACCACUGCUCUCUACCUCAGCAACGCAAAAUGGCUGAAAUCUUCAAGGCGGUGUUCGGAGACAAGCUGGUGACCAAAUUCCUGUUUGAGAGUGAUUUCUCUGAUGACCCUCUGCUGCCCUCCCCGCUGCAACUGAAGGGAAAGAUCCUCCUCAAGAACAAGAAGCUGAAAGCACACCAGGCUCCCGUCGACAUUGUCAAACAGAAGGCUCACCAGCUGGCUCACAUCCAGGCCCAGGCCAGCAACGGGGCACCGGGUGGCAGCUCACCUGGUAACCAUGAUGAUGAUGAAGAGGAAGAAGACGAGUACGACGAUGACUAUGAAUCCCUGUCUGAUGCUGACGUUCUUUCAGCUUCCACUGCCUCGUAUAGCCUUGAAGAUAACAUCCUGGAUGAUAAACCAGAAGGGAAGUCCUCGGGUGACAAGGAAGAUCAUCACAUCAUUGAUGAGAUGCCCAAGAGGAUGAAGAAAGCAGACAAUGCUGUAACCCAGAGCAAAGGGAAGGUAUUUGACAUGGAGCUGGGAGAAGAGUUCUAUCUCCCCCAGAAUAAGAAGGAGAGUCGCCAGAUCGCUCAGGAGCUCUCUGACCUCGUCAUCUACUGCCAGGCCGUCAAGUUCCCUGGCCUCUCCACCCUCUCUCCUUCGGCCUCUGGCAGAAGAAAAGACAGGAAGAGCAGGAAGUCCAUCUUUGGCACGGCUCCUGGUCGUAUGGGAGGCAGCCCCGGGGAGGCGGUGACGCUGGGCCGGACCCCAGGGAAGGGUGUCGUGGAGGCUAUGCGUCUGGGCUGGGAGGAGCAGAUGUCGCCCGUACUCAGCCCCAGCGCGUCACUGAGCGCCAUCAUCCGCACUCCCAAGUGCUACCACAUUUCCUCGGUGAACGAGAACGCUGCCAAGCGCCUGUGCCGCCGCCACUCCCAUAAGCUGAUCCAGCACACCACCUGCCAGCUGCUAAGGACCUACCCGGCCGCCACGCGCAUCGACUCAGCCAACCCCAACCCUCUCCCCUUCUGGCUACACGGCAUGCAAGUGGUGGCUCUCAAUUAUCAGACUGACGACCUGCCCAUGCAGUUGAAUACAGCUCUGUUUGAAGCAAAUGGGCAUUGUGGUUACGUCCUGAAACCUCCAGUGCUGUGGGAUCGCUGCUGUCCCCUCUACCAGCAACUCUGCCCCCUGGAGAGAGACGUGGAGAGCAUGAUCCCAACACUCUACUCUCUGACCAUUGUGUCGGGGCAGAACGUGUGCCCUGCCAACAGCGCGGGCAGCCCCUGUGUGGAGGUGGACGUGCUGGGUAUGCCUGUGGACUGCUGCCACUUCCGCACCAAGCCCAUCCACCGCAACACGCUCAACCCCAUGUGGUCAGAGCACUUCCUGUUCCCCGUGCACUUUGAGGAUGCCUGCUUCCUGCGCAUCGCUGUGGUUGAGAACAACAGCUCCCAGACCACCGCUCAAAGGACGCUGCCUCUACGGGCCCUCAAACCAGGCUACAGACACAUCCAGCUGAGGACCCAGCACAAUGAGCCCCUGGAGGUGUCCAGUCUGUUCAUCUACAGCCGCAGAGUAGAGGAGAGCCCCACCGGCACAGCCUUGCCUGUUGCCAUGCUGUUCAGUUCUGAGGAGCGGAGGACAGCCCAGCAGCACCAGGUGACAGUCCAUGGUGUCCCAGGUCCAGAGCCUUUCACUGUACUGUCUGUGAAGGAGCAGACCACCGCCAGACAGCUACUGGACAUGUUACCGACGUCCACAGAAGGUGCCAGUGAGUACUUCCUGUGUGAGGAGAAGGUGCCUCUGGCAAAGGAGCGAGGUGACAGCAAGAGGUGUGCUCAGCAGCGCCCCCUAGCCCCCGAGGAGGAGAUCAUCGUGGUGGUCAACAGCUGGCAGCCCGAAGAGGGAUACAUGGGCAGAAUCUGCCUUAAAACCAAGGAAGAGAACCUAAAUUACAAGAACAGAGUGGUGGAGGAGGGAGUGGCUCGGGUGGUAGCAGGGGAGGACGACACCUUCUUCGUCCAGGUGCACGACGUGUCCCCAGAACAACCCCACACAGUCAUCAGAGCCCCUCGAUACAGCACCGCGCAGGACAUCAUUCAGCAGACGCUGAGCAAAGCCAAGUACUCUCUGACCAUUCUGAGUAACACUAACCCCAUUGAUUAUGUGUUGGUGGAGGAGGUGUCUAAGGAGGCCAGCAGUAAGAAGUAUUCUCAAGCUAAGCCCUUCCAGAGGGUCCUCAUGGACCAGGAGUGUGUCUACCAGGUCCAGAGCCGCUGGAGGGGCGCAGGGAAGUUCAUCCUCAAGCUCAAAGAACAGAUGGCCCGUGAGGACAAGAGGAAGGGCAUCUCGUUUGCCAGUGAGCUGAAGAAGCUGACGAGCCGCAGCCGAAGCAUCCCGGCCACAGCCGCCCAGGAGAGCAGUCAUAGGUCUCUCUCUGCAGGACUCAAGGCCUGGGUGAUGGAGGGUCGGGCGGAGGCAGAGAGGCUCCUCCUGGGGGCCGGUGACCACCCUAUCCUCUGGGGCAGGGCCCACACUGGCUAUCUGACCUCUUCUAGCUGGUCCCUCCCUCUGCUGAGGAACUGGAAGAUCCACAAAUGAAGCUAGGCCCCCCCCUCCACCACCCUAGAGAGCACCUGUAUUCCUGAACACACCAUGAUGAGUUGAGUUACUCCCUCCCAUGAGUGAAGCGCUUCCCCCAGAAAGUCUCACCCUGGCUGGCUGGCUGGUUGAGUUGGAUGGCGGCUCCAGGAUGAUGGUUCUGAGUGAAGGAAGGCCUCGUCAUCUACGGGGUCGUUAGCCGUCCCCCCCCUCUACCUGGGUAGUAUUCAUUACGGUAUGCUGUAGCAGAACAUUUUGCAACGGAAAACGAAACAAGUGUUUCAUACUGGACAAGUUUAGGUAGUCCCUCUCGGUUUCAGGAUUUCUUCCGUUUGGUGCCCAAUGAAUACACCCCUGAAGUGAUGCCCAGGGAUGAGGUAGCAGUGUUGAGAUAGAUACUGGAUGUAGCAGCCAGCCUAACCCGGUUCAGCCUGGUUUCUUUGAGAAUGAAUAAAAGCUUGAUUCUUGGCCAUGCUGUUUCUUCUGCCCACAGCUGGGUCAUACCCUUACUGUCGACUGGUGUUGAAUGGCUGCAUUGAAUCCAGACAGUGUAUGUUGUUGAGGCCGCUAUAACUGCGACUCCAAGCCUUUCUCCUGCUAAGAUGGAGGGCAUUGUGAAUGUGGCCAACAAGCUGGCUUGUUGUAUGAUUCCCUUUGUGCCCCAGUUUUCACAGUACUGUAAUUUCUAACACAUAGUUGUGUAUUUGAAGAUGUUCAGUGUUUUGCACCUUGUUGUUUUGCUGUUACUUUAAGUUCUUUCUAUCGGCACUUUUCGAGGGGGAAUCAUUGUUUGAUAUGAUAUGAAGUUGUUGAGAUCAUUUUGAAUGGGUUUCCACCAAAAAUGUGAUUUUGGUUUCAAAUUCAAACUUUUCAUCGCAGCAGGUCAAAGCAUAUUAGCACUUGAGAAAUCAGCUCUUGAAUGUCAAAAGCAAGAGAUGUUUUUCGAAACUCCAGAUAUAAUUAUUUUGGUAAAACAUAAAAAUCUAAAGUAUAAUUGUAAUGUAAUGUUCUUGAUUUCUUUCUAUUGGAGCACACAUAACUAGCAUAACAAGGUCAAUACAGGGUUUUAGAGAUUUCUGAUAUUGUUCCCAAUUUAUUGAUUGGCAUAUUGAUUGCAAACCCUCAGCAUUAUCUAGUAAUGUUUGUUGAUGAAAUUGAUUAAAGUAGUAUACUGUAGUCUACUAAUGGCGCUAUUUAAAGGUCAUUUUUGAUUGAGCCGACAUGCAGCAUUUACCAUGAAUGCAGUCUCCGCUAACGUGGAAACAUUGCCUUUUAAAUUUCAAUCAUGCUGUAACACUGAACUUCCGCGAUACGGAUCGACUAGAGCCCUCAGUGUUUUAACCUGUGCCCAUUUUCAAUCAAUUGUCAGAAACUUCAUUCAAUUGGGGCCAUGUUUCCCUCCUUGGUUUGGACUGUGGAUCACUAUGUGUGAGACUUGUAUAACAAAGUCAUUGUCUGUAGUUUUUCCAACUUAGUAUAUGGUAAUGUUUUUAAAAACGAUGAAGGUUUGGCAUUUCUAAUUGUAAUUCUUUAUAUUGUACUUGGUGUGUAUCUGUGUCUGAUCGUUGGUACUGCCCAAAUGUCAACUUCCUCAGGGCAUUAUAGAUCUAGAUACAUAUUUCAGCCUCUCCCCUGGGUCUAUAUAAUCUCACAGCAGACAAAAUGAUGGACUUUAAUGCAGCCUCUAAGAGAUCUGUAGAUUCUACAGUACUUCAAUGUCCAAUAUCAACAAAUUAACAACCAAUCAACUACAACUUUCCAUCAUGACAAUAUGGAAAAAGUAUCAACACAGACUGUAUUAAUAGCUUUCAUUUUUUUUACCCUGUUUUUCUUUUUGGUAUGUUUUGUCACCCAAAGGACCCUUUUUUUUUAUUUUAAUUUGAAAAACAAAAUUGUUUUAAUUUGACUUGGUUGACUAUGGCUGCUUACUCCUCAUUCAGUUUUGAGUCAUCGAAUCCUAACAGUAAUUUGACCUUAUUAGGAUUGUAUGCCGAUGUCAUUUGGCUGACAAUGUAAUAGCAAACUACCAUCUCUUCCCUGUUUGCGUUUGAAGGGGUCAAGAAACAUUUCUCAACAUUUUUGACUUGAGUUGUAAUGUAACAUUUGUUAAUAUUGUUUGUAUGUACAUUAUAUUUAUUUGACUGUGUAGCCCUGGUUGGUUAUUUUCUUUAUUACAGUUUGUGUACAAAGCUCUUAUUGAGUUUUUCCUGCAAGUAGAACAAUUAGUUGAAUUGUCUUAACUUAUUUGAAGGCAUGGAGGAAAAAUGCUUUCACUGCUGUGACUGACUUUGUAUUUGUAAUUGAAAUAUGUACUUUUAACAUGUAAAAGCGGAGGCUUUAAUAUAUAGCUAGUAUUAUAGUGAUUCUGCUGCACACUAUGGCAUUGUAUAAUGCUUUUCAUGUAAUGUUUGUCAACAAUGCUGAACAUUUAACAUAUUUGUCAAGUUUUAUGUCAAUGGCAUAUCGUUAUGGUAAAUUAAUUUCAGCGACUCAAAUAUUUCUGCAUAUCAGAGUUGAAUUAUGGAAGAUAUUUCCACAUUACGUUUUUAGCACUUGGAGUCCCCCCCCAUGAUGACUGUAAUAGUAACGUGUUCACUUCAUGUGAUGUGACUGUCAGUGGACUACUGUCUAUUAUUUACCUGGACUAUUAAUUGUUAUAUAUUAUGACCACAAUAAAUACAUUAGUCAUA